AUGUCAGUCGAUGCCUUGGGAGGGCGCCCUCCUCAGGACAUCGUCGCCAUCUUCCAUGCGUCCUUCCAUCCAACUCAAGGCAAUAUUAUUGACUGGUCUCUCAAGGCCAGCGAGGAUCUGACGCUUGACAAUCUCGAAUUCAGUGCUCUCCCGUCAGGUCUGCACCUUGUUGAAGAAGACGUCAUCUACUUCACCAAGGACGGACAACAGGGCGUUUGUGUUUUCCGACGUCGCAAGACGGUAGAGCAGGGUCACCGUGGCUUCCGACUCUCCUCUCUUGGAAUAUUGCUGGCCCGUUCCGAUCGUCCGCGACCCUGGCGACAUACCGCGGCUCUUAAGGAACUCACCACUCUCCUCUACUCCCGCUUCGAGAGUAACCAAAUUUCGAAUCCCAAAGAGGAGGACUGGGCACCCGCAAGGGACUUUUUCAACAGCCGCAAGGUCGCCAGAGCGGAUCUCAACGGCGCCGGCGACUGGAGUGGUUGGAGCUCUGAGUUGUUGGAGCGACUGGAUCCCGCAACCCUAUCGUCAACACCGACCCUUCAUCUUCCGCACCUCCUCCGGAUUCUGGGCCCAUCAUCCUUGAUUUUACACAAGCAUGUUGUGGGCCGAAGACGGAUUCUCAUUUACACCCUCCCCCCAGUAGAGGCCGCCUCGAUAUUGUGUCACGUUGCGGCCGAUAUGGCAUUCGAGCUGCAGGUCGAGUCCUCGUCGUCAACAUCAAGUCCAGAGGGGAGAAGUCGUCAGGGAAUUAAUGUUCUUGGGAUGAUCACAUUGAUGGACCUGGACAUGAUUGAAAAAGAGGGAAAGAAUGGACGAGGAUGGGUAGCUUGCACCACCGACGCUAUUUUCCUUGAAAAACCUUCUUAUUACGAUCUUCUCAUUGAUCUAACCACUCUUUCACCUCUCAAGGCCACUCGUCCCACCUUCUAUGCCUCCAAACCUGUUGCACCGUCAUCUCCAUCAUCGUCUUUGCGACCCCAAUACCGACUUUCGGUCGUACGCUUUUCAUGGAGUGAUGUGAAGCUUUGGAAUGAACUUAAUCGCCUUCUCCAACUCGAUUCAUCCUCACACGCUUCUUGCUGCUCCCCAGCAUCUACCUCUUCCAAACCCAACUCAAUAACCGCUUGGACAGACGCUUGGCGCGUAUACGAGGACGUCUGUGUUAUCUGUGCUGGGCUUUGGAUGGGCGCAUGGAGAGGUAAUUCUACCCCUUCCUAUUCCACAGCCGAUGGGGCUAGAAAUUGGGGCAGCGUGAGGUUAGAGGGAGAUGAAGAUUUCAGCUACCGCGCCGUUUCACGCAGAGCCGAGAGCGGAGAUUUGGCUUCCCUCAAUGAAGCAGAUUCGAAACAUGUCAGGAGUGUGGGGCUGGGUAUCGAGGGCGGACCUCGAGUCGCAUCAGGAAGUGGCAUCGUCACCAACAAGGCAAUGCGACGAACAAGCGCCAUGUCUUGGGCCAGCAGUCGAGCAACAGUCACAUCCUCUCCCGUCCCCGGAAGCAGCAAAGGAAUUGUGCGCGAGGAUACAACUGCAACCUCUGGCACGCUUAACGAAGCUGAGCAUGACACCAGCCAGGUGUUGACUACACUUUCGCUACUACAAACCCUGCAUGCCCACACCACCUGGCAAAUUGAACGGCUCGGGGCCGUGAUUGCAUCGAAACUGCAGGCCACCGACGAUACCGAGCUUACCAUUGUGUUGACACCGCGCGAUUUGGUUGCUCUUGAGCUGGGCGCACUGAGUAGCGCGGAUGCCAAGUACUUGGAGUGGCUUGGAGGUGAAUAUGCGCUUGCCUCAAGGGACAAUGUGAGUGGAAUCAAUUUCGUGGUCAAGAGAGGGUGGAAGGAGAUACUGUCUGUGAUUUUUGGUUAUGGCUAG